GCUCGAGUUAUUUGCGAUUCCCCCUCAACUCUCGAGAGUAGGUACGUUUUUAUGACGGCUUAUCGGAAUACUAACGAUUGGAUCCUAAUUGAAAUAUUAAACGAUCGCAGUUUGCAUUAUUCGAUGAUUUCCUAGUUAGUCAUUUUCAAAGUACCUACCUACGAGUAAAACUGAGGUUACACACGUUUUCGUUGUUCAUUUCGAGUGGGGAUUUAAAAUUUUUAUUCAAUUAUGAAUCUCGUUAAUUUUAUUUUUAUAUUCGUGGCGUUUUCAGCAACAGCAUUGGCUUCUCCUCGAAAACGAAAAGAUGAUGAAGAUUGGGGACUAGCUGGCGGUGCGAGUACCGUCGAUGUCGAUUCGCCCGAAAUCAUUAGAUUGGCGGAAAAAUUGAUGAAUACAUUGAACUCCAAUCAAAGAAUUAAACGUAUCUUGAAAGCGAAACAACAAGUGGUAGCUGGGACGUUGACCACUUUAGAUUUGGAAGUUUGUCCAGAUAUCUUUAGUAAUGGUGACGGAUGUAAAUUUUGUAGAGCCAAAGUUUGGGAAAAACCCUGGGAAAACUUUUUUCAAGUAACCGAGUUUAUUUGCAGGUUGCCACCGAAUGCAGGCAAUAAAAACAGAAGAAUGAAAGCUAUGUAAAAAAAUUGGCCAUAAAAUAAAUUGAAAAAUCAAACCUCUCGUAUUUUUAUGCUGACAAUGUAUGAGAUUGCGAGUCUGUGGCUGUCUUUAAACUCCAUUUACAUUUUAUUCAGUAAAUUUUAUCAAAUCUAUCAUCUAUGUUAGGUAUUUAACCUUAACCUAUACCUCUGUACCUACACUAAUUCAGUAAUUUGUUUCAUGAUAAAAUUGUCAAUAGUGUU